UCUCCGGGGACAGGCUGGGAGUGGCUUUCCGGCAGGCGGGUGGGGCUUGGGAGGGAGGAGUCACCAGGCUCGCGCGGUUAUCCUUGGAAGAGCGCUGCGCCCCAGAGCGAGGACACGCGGCGACCCUGAAGGGGGAGCAGGAACAGACUGAGUCCUGUGAUAGAAGAACUGAGGAGGGGCUGCGAUGGCCCCUUCCUACCCGCACCCACAGCCAGGGCCCUGCGACGCCUUCGUUCCACCCGCGGCAGCUGCGAUGCCUGGCGGAAUCUGGGUGCUGGCGCUGGCACUGAUGCUCCUGGCCCCGGGGAAAGGUUGGCCAGUUCAGGAGUGCGCUCCUGGGGGACACCAGUUGCUCCAGAGCCCUUACAGAAGUGUCCACUUUGACUCCUUACACCUCCAGCAGUCAGCCAUCCAAGACCUGAUAUGUGACCAUUCCCUGUCUCCCGGCUGGUAUCGGUUUCUCCUCUUUGACAGACCUGCUGAGAUGCCAACCAAAUGUGUAGAGAUGAAUCACUGUGGAACACAGGCCCCCAUCUGGCUGUCUCUGAGAGAUUCAGAAACACUGCCCCCUCCUGGAGAGAUCAAGCAACUGACAGCUUGUGCCACCUGGCAGUUUUUGUUCAGCACUACAAAAGACUGCUGUCUUUUUCAAAUCCCAGUGUCUGUAAGAAACUGUGGGAGGUUCUUUGUAUACUUACUACAGCCCACCCAGGGGUGUAUGGGAUACUGUGCAGAAGCUAUUUCUGAUGCAAAAUUAUACCCAUGUGGCCCUGACGAAAUUGAAAUUGGAGGUGAUUGUGUUCGUCAGCUGUCGGCCUCACUGCCACCACCACCUCCAGGAAGGCCAGAGGUUGUGGUGGAGCUGAUUGAGUCCAGGCUUUUCUGUAGGUGUGCUUUUGAUGUUUCCCCUACAAACAACUCAGUGGGAUUUCUCAUAACUUGGUCUAGGCUUUCUUCUCAAGAAAUCAAAGAGGAGCUGAAACAAGAGACCACAGUUCAGGCAUUCUCUCUUUUAGAACUGGAUGGCAUAAACCUCAGACUUGGAGACAGGAUAUUUUGCAGUGCUUCCAUCUUUUACUUGGAGAAACCACAUGUACAAAGUUUAGUCAUCGAAAGCCGAGAAUUUUUUGCAGGCAUUAAGUUACAGCCUGAACUGAGCACUAUAUCGGAAGAUGGGAAAGCAUACAAGCUGAGGGUGGAGAGCACAGUUCCUGUCGUUUGUCCUGAAUUCAGUGACCUUGAUCAGGAAUGCAAAAUCUCGGUAAAACUGACCACUGUUGAUCAAGGCAAAGAACAUCUAGGCUUAAAUUUGGCACUGUCUUCCUGCCACGUGGACCUUCACCGGACAUCAUCCUGUGUUAAUGGAACAUGCAGCCUUGCUUUUGUGUACUACACUGCUGUAACAGACUUUUCUCGAGAUGGAAAUAGAGUUACAAGUAUUGUAGUGGAACCUAUAGUUAGUGACGAUUUCCUGUGGAACAGCUACAUUCCAGACAGCAUCCAGAUCAGAGUAAACGAUGUCCCAACUGCUUACUGCUAUUCAUUUACUGACCCACAUAUAAUUACCUUUGAUGGCAGGAUGUAUGAUAACUUCAAGACUGGAACGUUUGUGCUUUAUAAGAGUAUGUCACGUGAUUUUGAAGUCCAUGUACGUCAGUGGGACUGUGGAAGCCUUCACUAUCCUGUGUCAUGUAACUGUGGCUUUGUUGCCAAAGAAGAAGGUGAUGUAGUUUCUUUAGACAUGUGCAGUGGACAGCUACAUGAAUCACAGCCAUAUUUAUUUGUAAAGAGCCACGACAUAACCAGCAAUAUCAAGAUAAGUGAAUCUUACUUAGGAAGAAAAGUCACAAUCUGGUUUUCUUCUGGAGCAUUUAUCCGUGCUGAUCUUAGUGAAUGGGGCAUGAGUUUAACAAUCAGAGCCCCUAGUUUAGAUUACAGAAACACUUUGGGACUUUGUGGCACCUUUGAUGAAAACCCAGAAAAUGAUUUCCAUGAUAAAAAUGGGAUCAAAAUUGAUCAAACUUUUAAUAACUGUUUUGCUUUUAUUAAUGAAUGGAGGAUAUUGCCAGGAAAAAGCAUGUUUGACACAAUGCCAAUUUCUCCGCCAUCACCUACAAAACUAUCCUACUGUAGCUGCUCAUUGAACACUCCUUCAUUGUAUCCAUCUUCUAAUCAUCUGGAUAGUGCUUCUCAAUCAGAAAUUGGAUCCGCUUGCAAAGACCCUAGAUAUGUCCAAUUCUCUUCCUUAAUACCAGAACUAGAUGUCACCUCUGAAUAUAUUAAUUCAGAAACUCUUGUCAGAGGAAUAAAUAAGCGUAAGUCUCAGGAAGAAAAUAAUUUAGAUUUCUUUCUUCAAGAAAAAAAGUAUGUGAACCUAACCAAUCUGGACUUAAAUUUACAAAAACAUCCUGACAAUGAAAAAGAAGAUGCACCAAAAGCUUUGGACAAGGGGAGACAUACACAGGAGCAGGGUAAUCACAGCCAAGAAACAAGCUGGGAUCAACAAAACAGAGGGAAACAGCAAAACUUCCAUGAGUUUCUUCCAUUGUUCGCAUUCCAAAGUCUCAGCCAAAGUGACCUAGAAGAGUUUGCUUACUUUUUCCCCGAGGACCACACUGAGGACAUCCACCAAGAGUUUGUCCCCACGUGGCCCACACCAUCUGGCCUCACCGAACACAGCACGUUGGCACUGUGUCAGCAGACUCUUGCCAAUUCCAGCAUAGGAAGGCUCUGCCUUGCCUUUCUUGGUAAGAGACUGGACAGUGUUAUAGAGAUGUGUGUUAAGGAUGUUCUCCUAAAAGAUGACCUUAGCUGGGCAGAAGCAGGUGUGGCCCUUUUAGAAAAUGAAUGUGAAAAGAGGAUUUUGGAAGAGGGGAGACGUAACAGAAAAGAAUACAGCAAGUCAAUUGAAGAGAUUCUGUUGGUAUUAAAAUGCCCCAAUUUAUGCAGUGACCACGGGCAGUGUAUGGAAUGGGGGUGUGCAUGCUCCCCAGGCUUUAGUUCCUAUGAUUGCAGUGAUUCGCACGACAGGAUUCCUGAAAUUAUAGAACUUGAAAAUGCUGGAUUCUGUAAUAUUCAAAAACAUGACUGUAUGAUGGUGAGAGUUUUUGGUCUAGGCUUCAAAGAAUCGCCUUCAAUUAAAUGUGAGGUGACUAAACUCCAGUAUAAUAACAGUAAAUGGAUCCUUGGAGAAGCCAUCUAUGCACAUACUAUUUUUCAAAAUAGCAGGACUGUUGAUUGUCAGCUGCCCACCGAUGUUGAGCAGCCUGGUACCAUGCAUCUGAUGGGUGAGAUGCCAAUUGUGAAGUGGCAAUUAAAGGUAUCUAAUGAUGGUUAUAAAUUUAGUAAUCCCAAACUAAUGACCAUAUAUGAUGGGGCUUGUCAAGUUUGUGGUCUCCAUGAAAAGGACUCGUGUACUUUAAAGGAAAAUGUUUGCCUUAUUGAUGGAUUCUGCUACACUGAAGGGGAUAAAAAUCCUACCAGCCCUUGUUCGAUUUGUAGACCUGAAAUUUCAAAAUUUACUUGGUCAUUUUUAGAAAAAAACCAACCCCCCGUUAUUCAAAUACCGCAAGAUAAAUUACAGGCGUUUUAUGGAGAGAACUUUGUGUACCAGUUCAUGGCCUCUGAUCCAGAAGGCUCUGACAUCCAUUUUACCUUGGAUUCUGGUCCUGAAGGGGCAAAUGUUUCCUCUGCAGGACUUCUUAAAUGGAUAACAGAGUCACAAACUCCCCAGAAAUUUACCCUCCUGGUGAAUGAUGACUGCAAUGCUGAAACUAGGGUCAUGAUUGAGGUGACUGUGAAGUCUUGUGAUUGCUUGAAUGGGGGAUCAUGUGUGUCUGAUAUUAAAUUUCCUCCAGGAAGUGGGGCAUACCUGUGUGUCUGCUUGCCUGGUUUUCAGGGCAGUCUUUGUGAAGCGGAUAUCACUGAAUGCCAAUCAAACCUCUGUGGCCUUGGCAGAUGCAUUAGUGGUUUUCACAGUUAUUCCUGUGAUUGUCCACCUGAGCUCAAAGGCAAAAACUGCCAGGAAGAUGUUGAUGAGUGUGAAUCCGGGCCUUGCUUUCCAGGAGCAGAGUGCCUCAAUACUUUUGGUUCCUAUCAUUGUGGUUCAUGUCCAAAAGGACUUUAUGGUGAUGGAAAAACAUGUCAUGUUGAAACACAGCAUUUAAAUGACUCUACUACACAUACUGUGGUUGCCACAAGGUCUGACAAGAGUGUAACUAAGAAAGAGGAUAGUAAAAAUGCCAAUCAGACAGAGAUGCAUAUUUGGCCAACAAAUGGAAAUGCCUUUAAUAUAAAUUUGCAGCAACCAUCAACUGGUGCAAGCUUCAUCCACAGUCCUGCAACUAUCAAAAAGUUCUUGGAUACAACGAACGACAUCUCACAUUUUUCAUUAAAAUCAGUUACAACUCGAAUAAAUCAUUCAAAGAAGGCUAUUUCCCAUCAGAUAUCAAGUUUUAAACAUGCAGAUCACACCCUUAGUACAAACCUCAGUCUGCAGGAUUUGGAAGUUCCUACAAACAACCACAGUUCUUUAAGCAUUAACCAAAACAGUUCUCACAGCAAAGUAAAGGAUGUUAUCCAGGGCACCAUACAAACAGAAACAAGAGAGUAUAAUUUUCAUACCAACAGGUCUGCCCAAGGUUACACACAGUAUAAGAAUGGACUUGCAUCAUCACUUACUAGAGCCAUCACUAUUUUGCCAGAAAAGCCUAGAUCGACCAAAAUAUCAACUUGUGCUGAAUCCCCUUGCUUUCUUGGUGUUUCCUGUGUGCCAACCACAGAUGGUCACUCCCAGUGUGGACGCUGCCCCUUUGGAUAUUACGGGGAUGGUAUCAGUUGCAGAGCCAUUUGUAGACAUCCAUGUGGAAGAAACAGGGAGUGUGUUGCCCCAAACAUAUGCAAGUGCAAACCUGGCUACAGUGGUUCUAACUGCCAAACUGCUGUAUGCCAUCCUGAUUGCAAAAACCAUGGAAAAUGUAUUAAGCCUAACAUUUGUGAAUGUGCCCCAGGGUAUGGUGGAGCAGCCUGUGAUGAAGAACACUGUAGACCACCUUGUCAACAUGGCGGCACCUGCUUGGCUGGAAAUCUCUGCACUUGUCCUUACGGUUUUGUGGGACCAAGAUGUGAAACAAUGGUUUGUAACAAGCACUGUGAAAAUGGAGGUGAAUGUCUUAUACCAGAUGUUUGCCAGUGCAAGCCUGGCUGGUAUGGACCCACCUGUAGCACAGCUUUGUGUGACCCCAUUUGCCUCAAUGGUGGUUCCUGUAACAAGCCAAACACUUGCCUCUGUCCAAAUGGAUUCUUUGGUGCACGGUGUCAAAAUGCUAUCUGUCAUCCUCCCUGUAAGAAUGGUGGUCACUGCAUGAGAAAUAAUGUGUGCACCUGUCCUGAAGGAUACACUGGUAGGAGAUGCCAAAAAAGUAUCUGUGAUCCCAUGUGCAUGAAUGGAGGGAAAUGUAUGGGACCAAACCUUUGCUCUUGUCCUUCUGGUUGGAGAGGGAAACAGUGCAACACACCCAUCUGCUUCCAGAAAUGUAAAAACGGUGGUGAGUGUAUUGCUCCCAGCGUAUGCCAUUGUCCUCCCACAUGGGAGGGAGCGCAGUGUCAGACACCAAUUUGCAAUCAAAAGUGUCUUUAUGGAGGCAGAUGUGUACUCCCCAACAUAUGUUCUUGCCGCCCUGGAUAUUCUGGAGUCAAAUGUGAAAAGAAAAUACAGGUAUUUUACAUUUUAAACAAAACAUAUGUUACAUUGACAUCUGACAUUUACUCAAAUAUUCUACUUAGUAAUUCAUACCUAUCUGUUAAUGUUUUAUUUUCUUUUAUUUCCACAAAGGAAAACAUACAAGGUUUAACUAUUUGCCUCUAAAACCAAAAUGCUAUUGUUUUUGCGCCAUUAUAGUUAUCUAAUUGUUCAAAAUUUUGAUGUGCACUUAAGGAAAUUCACUGUGCAGAUACAGCCAUCAAAUGUGAUGCAGUAUUUCAUGGUACCAGGGUUGAAAGAGAGCAAUAAUCUCAUAAUAUAGAUUUAACACACUAAUAAUUUAUAUUUAGUCAAAUAUUUGAUACAAAGACCACCUUUAGUGUUCUCAAAAAAAAAAGUUCACUACUUUUAGAUCAGUGAAUCACUACUUCAUUGAUUUAGAGGGUGGAGGGUGUCUAAACAUUUUUGGUGGAUUCUAUGCCACUGAAGUCUUGAAUAUCUUCAUUCUUUUCCCUGAUACUAGUUCUUUCUCUUUAUUUACUCUCUUUUAAAAUCCAUUUCAGGGAUAAAAGCUUUUCACAUCAUUAGAAUUAGGAUUUAUUUGUAUUUCAGAAAUAAAGAAACCAAAGGAAGAACAAGAGCUUAGAGUUUCUGAAAUUGU